UGUGAGUCCGGGAGAAGCGAGGAGCGCUCGUGGAAACGGCUGGCAGUUAGACGCGCUUGGACUACCGGCAGCUCAGCUGAAACGACGGUACCCACCUCUGCGUCUUCAUCACAGCGCUCAUUAAAAAGUGCACAUCCAUCAUUGAAACACUGCCAUUUUUUUUACACCAGCGCUUUAAUUGUUUUCAAAUUAAGUGGAUAUGAUUUUUAGGAGAAGUAAACAAGAGAUAAAUAAGGUAAGAGAGUGAAGCAUCACCGUGCGUCCUCGACAACUUAGUGCGCUUUAGGAUGGAAUUCAGUGGUUUACCUUCAGGACAUCAGAACUGAGCACAACGAGGACUUCACCUUUUCCCCUGCAACGACAGAUAGAAUCUCAGAGCAUGGGUUGGAAAGGUAUCUACUGGCUUUUAAUGUCGUUUGUGUCGUGGAUAACUGCUGUGGGCGGAGCGGAGCCUAAAGCCGAACCAACCACAGACUUUUCUCUCGCUCCUGCUAUGGGGGUGAUGGAGGGGGAGCGCCAGAUCAUGACUGAAUCUCAGUAUAAAUGUCUGGAGCUGUUGAGCAGAGAUGGAACACGCAAUAAAACAGCUUCCCACUGUAGCCGGUUUUGGGAUGGCUGGCUAUGCUGGGAUGAAACUCCCGCUGGGGCUUAUGCUUCUCAGAGCUGUCCAGACUACCCCACCUUUGACACCUCAGAAAAAAUAACCAAAUAUUGUGAUGAAUCUGGUAAUUGGGCUCACAGCAUGUCAAUAAAUAAUACCUGGUCUCAGUGUCUCAGCAUCUCAAAGGACAAAUUAAAGAAAGGAUCUGGUAAUAGUGAGAUGGAGCCAGAGGCUGAUACCACAGCAGAAACCCUGGUCAGUCCUGUGGAAACUCAGAAAGCAGAGGAGAGGAAAAAAAUCAUUGAUGGUCAAUAUAAAUGCUUUGAGAAAAUGAACAGAGACCCACCUUAUAACAAAUCAGGUCUGUACUGUAACCGCACAUGGGAUGGGUGGCUGUGUUGGGACGAUACACCUGCAGGAACAUACACAUCUCAAAACUGCCCCAACUACUUCCCUGACUUUGACCCCACAGAAAAGGCCAUAAAAUAUUGUGAUGAGACUGGGAACUGGUUUCUACAUCCUGAGACAAACAGGACAUGGUCCAACUACACCCUCUGCAUUGCUUACACUAAGGACAAGUUAAAGAAUGCAUACAUUCUGUACUACAUGGCAAUCGUGGGUCAUGCUUUGUCCAUUGCGUCCCUCCUCAUCUCUCUGGCAAUAUUCUUUUACUUCAGGAGUCUAAGUUGCCAAAGGAUCACCUUGCACAAGAAUCUGUUCUGCUCUUAUGUGCUCAAUUCAGCCUUCACUAUAAUCAACCUCACAUGUGUGGUCAACAACCCAAAAGUGGUGGACAGGAACCCGGUUGGUUGUAAGGUGCUACAAUUCUUCCACAUGUACAUACUGGGCUGUAACUAUUUCUGGAUGCUGUGUGAGGGAAUCUAUCUGCAUACUCUUAUCGUGGUGGCGGUUUUCGCUGAGGAGCAGCAUCUUCACUGGUAUUAUCUCUUAGGAUGGGGUUUUCCCCUGGUGCCUGCCUCCAUCCAUGCAGUGGCAAGAAAAAAGUAUUUUGAUGACAAUUGCUGGAUGAGCGUGGAGACCCAUCUGCUAUAUGUGGUUCAUGGACCUAUUGUGGCAGCUUUAUUAGUGAACCUGUUCUUUCUGCUGAACAUUGUGAGGGUUUUGGUGAUGAAGCUGAAGGAUACCCAUCGUGCAGAGUCCAACAUGUACAUGAAAGCAGUACGAGCCACUCUCAUUCUCGUGCCCUUGUUAGGAAUCCAAUUUGUCAUAUUUCCAUGGAGGCCAGAAAACCGUUUGGCUGGAGAAGUAUAUGACUAUAUCAUGCACAUAUUACUGCAUUACCAGGGCUUGCUGGUGGCAACAAUAUUCUGCUUCUUCAACGGAGAGGUUCAGGCUACUCUGAAGAGGCAGUGGAUGCAGUACAAGGUGCAGUGGGGUCAGCGACGCCGUGAACACUGGUCUAUGCGCUCCACAUCAUACACCACCACGUCCAUCACAGAGGUGCCCGCUUUCAUGUUCCAUUACGACAACAACAGUGAACAUUUGAAUGGCAGGCACGUCGAUGACUCAGCGUGAACAUGUGGCUCUCAAGGUCAAACACAUCUACACCUGAGGCACAAACCAUCAGAGAAAUAUAUGAGAAACAAUUUUUUUCAAAGAAUGCCAUAAGAAAGAAGGAAACCAAGGAAACUGGAGACUCUAUUACUAGGAGAUCACAUGUACAGUCCUUGCAGAUUCUCCCAUCUCAGGGCGGCAACAUGACACCCAGUACAUGUGUGUUGGCAGCAAUGUCUCACUGAGACGCGUCCCGAAGUGUACACUACCAUUCAAAAGUUUGGAAUCAUCUGUUACAUAUUCAACAUACAUUAUUUUAUUUACUAAAAACAUAUACCAUAUAUUACACACAGAGUAUUUUUAGAGGUUUUAUAUAGUAUUUAAAAUAUUUUGGGAAAAACAGUGUUAUUAAAUGAUAAAUCAUAUACAGGAAGUAUUUAUGUUUAUACAACAGCAUUGUUGAAUUCUCAAAACUGGUUGGUCAAAAGGUGUUGAUUAAUUUUCUAUAACAGCAGCUCUGACAAUAGUGUCAGCUAUAAUUCAAAUCACAGGAUUACAUUAAUGCAUCCAUUCUAAUACAUUAUCAUUUCUAUAGUAACAACUAAUUCACAGGGACUUGUAUGGCGCUCCACAUAAUUUAAUGUAACAAUAAAUAGCUAAGUAAACUUGUUAUUUAACAAAGAAAAAGCAUAUCAUUGUUGAUAUGGUGAAGUUUUCUAUAAGGAGAUGUUUAUUUAAUAUUUAUGGAAGGAGUCUCCAGUGUCAGCAUGACAAGCUGUGCUUUUUUUUUGUCUUAUUAAUUUAAAGAAAGAGAGGCUGGUCAGGGAAUGAGUGUUUAUAGCUGCUAUAAUGUAAGUCAUAAAAAGAGCUAACUUGUUUCACAUUCCACAACAUUAAAUAUAACCAUACACAGAUUAUUUGACAUGUCAUUCUAAUAAAUUAACAAUUGUAAUAAUUAGGAAAUUGCUGUGAUAUAUGAGGAAUAAAUCACUCUGGUGCAUGUAGUUAUUGGAAAAUGAUCAACUUCAGGGUGGUACCAGUAUCUCUACUUAAUGUCAGGCCACAUCACCCCACCCCAUCAUUGAUUAUUUUCCUAUAACAGCAUGCCCCGUCAUGUUUUAUUCCUUACAUAAUCAUUUCUCCUCAUUAAUUACUGAUUUCCAAAUAUUAAGCUAUUCUAGAUAAAUAAACUCUUGAUAUUCUAUUAUCUAAAUAUGUAUUCUGCAGAAUUUAACAUAACAUUUAUUAUAACAUUCUCAAUGCCAUACAGGUUUCUCAGACAUUUUGGAGCAAUCUACAGUGUUGUACAUAAUUAUGGACAUAUCCACAUAUUUAUUUUCAGUUUUCUACAAGAAAAAUUGAAACUUAUGAAGCUAUAGAGUGGUAGUAUGAUAGUAAAAUGAUUUUUAUAUUACUGAGAGUAUUAAUUCCAAAUUUUUGAAUAGUACUGUACAGUAUAUAUGUAUGUAUAUAUGUUUUCUCUACAGUUCUGCUGCUUAAAACAGGCAAAACACUGAGGUGGCAUUCCUGAAGAAUGUGACGGAUUUUAGCUGCUAAUCCCUCCUAGAUCUUUUUGGACCUAAUACACUCACAAACACAAAUGUUGCUUCACCGAAACCAAAGGGUGUGUCGGUUUGCUGGAGGUCAAGAGGCCGAUAAGUUUUGGGAUUUGAAUGACUAAGAUGAUCCUCCAGAGGAUAUGGGCCACUUGUCUUAAAAAUGUGGAAAAGUUCCUCUGUGCCUACGUUCUGGAUUCCUGUAUAUAAACUCAUCAGGUUGAAUUUUAAAGUGUCAAAGUAUGUGGCGAGGAGUUUUAUUUUUCUGAUGUUUUUUGCAGCUCAAAAUCACAUUAUGUCUGUGUUGUGAGACUUCUGACUUUCCUGUUUGUAGCAGCUGUGCUUUUUGCUGUCUGUGUCACAAGAGAGAAAACAGAGGAAAAUUACAUUCAGUAGUGUUUUAAAGCUUGUUUGUAAGCAGAGAGUGCAAAUGCAUUCUAAAAAAAAACAAAAAUUAAAGUCUAAAUGAGUAUGUGGUAAAAAGCUCUUUGAGUUUCAUGUUUAAAGAUGCACUCUGUUUGAUCAAGGCCAAUAUUGUCCAAAAAGCUUCUCCAUCUGCAUUGAACGUGAUGCAUAGUUUAUCAGGAAGGUAUGUCAUUUGUAUGUUCCUCAAAGAUACACAAAGAACUCAUCCAGCAUUUAACAUGGGCACUGUGGGGUAAUUACUCUGUCCAGUUAUAUAUCAUGACAUAUUGACUACAAUAUGUUUAACAUUUUUUUCACAGUUUAGUGUUGUUGAUUUCGUCUGACUUGCAGGUCUACUUCUUUUUAUUUAAGAGUGAAGUUUAGCUUGUAUAUGUGCAUUGUGUUAUUGUGUUUUGAGAGUUUGAAACUCUUGACAGGUCAAAUUUCUUUGUGAAUUCUGUCAGUAUACUGGACCUGAUAUUUACCAUGUAAAUGUUUAUAGCUUAACAUGGUGUUGGUUUAUCAUGGUGUACAUACUGCCAGCAAAUCAUGAUGCUUGUUUGAAGUACAUAUCGUAUUCUAAGCUAGAGGUUUCUUAGACAUUCAUCUAAUGCCUAUUGCUUUUGCCAUUUCUGUUGACUAAAUGGGCCGGCUAUCUGACUAUUGAACUUUCAGACUAACGGAUAUUGGACUUACUAUUGUGAUCUUGAAGUAAUUUUUUUAAUCUCUUAAUAUCUUUUUUUUUUUUUUUAAUUCAAGGUUGGUUAUACUUUGUUAUCUCUGUUAUCCCCAUGAAUUUUUGCACAUUAGACCCAUUUUACUAGCUCCGGAUCAUCAAUAAUUAAUACAGUGGUUUAUUCAUGUAAUAACUAUAGCAAAAUGAAUACAACUAGAGACAAAUUAUGGUAUUAUUUUAAGUUUAAUAUAAUACUAUAUGCCCUAUAUGAUAUAUAUGAUUCUUGAGAAUGAUGCUGUUUAGAUGCCUCAUGAGCAAGUACAACUGAAAUUAAAAUUUUACCUUUGUCAUGGGCCCUGAUUUGCUAAAGUAGCCAGAGUGAGUUCAGAUCUCAAAGAGAAGCUGAAACCCAAGAAGAAUGUAGACUAAAUGCAGUGAAGCUGGCCAAAAACUGUAGGAAAUAUGAUAGAACUAAAUGAAUAAAGUUUUUGAUUAAUUUUGCAUCCGUGGUGCGAUUUACUGCAGCCCGAAAUUUCACUGUUAGAACCAAGAUUGCAUGAUACAAAUGAAGAGCAUGUAUUAAAUUUGUAGAAGCCUGUUUCCAUCAGAAGAGGACAAAAUUAUACCAUUAAGUCUUAAUAAUGAGAAAAUCUACCUAAAAUAUUCCUUAAUAGAACGAACAGAAAGUUUCUGAAAAUGACGACUUGGUUUCAUAUUAUAUAUUCACCACAUGUUCGCACAUCCUUACAUCCAACAGCAUUUAAACAGAGCUAUUGAGAAGGUUUUCAUUCAUAUGAACCUUUCAGGUGCUAUACCAUUCACAUUUAACUUAUUAACAUAGUGCACAUAAUUGUACUUAGAAAGGUAGAAAGGCCCCAAAUUGCAAAUCCAUUAAGUCACACAUGCUAAAGAGCACAUUAUUUUGCUCAUGUGAAAGUUCCAAUCCUGAUAGUAAAUCAAUUUGCAUGCUGUUUUUUUUCCCCCACACAAUCAAAUCUUUAGUAA